CUUUCCAUCCUCAUCACUCGCAAUCUUUACGUCUCCUUUCUCGAGUACUGCUCCCAAUGACACACACAACCCGAGUUCAUAACUUGAACGCUACGCAAGAUUGGACAUCAGUCGGCCUUCCUUUUCUGAAACUGCCCGACCAGCUCCCCUGUUCGCUUCCCGAUGAGAGAGAAAUUACGGAAGGGACGGUUCUCUGUGGAGAUGCUUCCAAUCACUGCCUUGUUGCUGUCGGCGAACAUUUCGUUGUUAAAUACGGUCGCCACGUAUCUGAAGUUGAAGGACAGAAUCUGCUUUUCCUCGAGCAGUACACGGGCGCCUAUUUGACUGCGCCAAAACUUUACGCAAUGUAGCGCAUGGCAUCUACGGGACAUCUCUGCCUUGUCAUGCAACGACUGCCUGGAGAAAGUCUUGAGAAACUCUGGCCCCAUCUUACGGAAGGGGAGAAAUUGGCUGUCUGCACAAGGCUAAAGAACGCUUUUAAUUUUCUGCGAAACCUUCCCUCUCCUGGCUUCUACGGUGGCAUCGGCAGGACUCCUCUUCCCCACCACUUUUUCUGGGAUUCGGCCAAAAGCCCAGCAAUCUGCGGACCUUUCAAUUCAGAGGCUGAACUUAAUGCCGGAAUUGUUCGAAAGCUGAGACAGCAGUCUAAAGAGAACGGAGGAUACAUGAACCAAAAGGUAGAGUUCUAUGAAAGGCACCUGGAUGAUGUGUUAAGUGGCCAUGAUUCCGUCUUUUCGCAUUCGGAUCUACAACGAAAGAACGUCCUGGUACAUCGACACGCAGGGGCCAUUAUUAGUGUUGCUAUCGUAGACUGGGAGGACGCAGGGUGGUACCCGAGCUACUGGGAAUACUGCCUUGAGUUCGCUACAGCACUAUGGGUGGACGACUGGCCGAAACGACUAGAAGACGCAAUCGCCCCUUGGCCGUGUGAGGCUGCCGUCUUCAGGAUGCUGUACCAGGAACUGUACUUUUAGAGAAUCUAGG